AUGACUUCUCGUAUUUCUUUGCCCUCGGUGGAAACUAGGACCGUUCCCCGACAAGCCCCCAAUGGCAUGGGCAACGGUCUGUUUGCAACAACCGACAUCAAACCCGGUGAAGAUGUUUUACAUGUCAAAACACCUUUCGUGGCUGUUCUUGAUACGCCACGGCUAGAAGAUACUUGUGCUGGCUGUUUUGGUAAGCGGCAGAUGGAGACUGGGAAUGAGUUGAAGGCUUGUACUGGGUGUCGGGUUGUUAAGUAUUGUGAUAGGGCCUGUCAAUCCAAAGAUUGGAAGUUUGCUCAUUCUCUUGAAUGUCCUAUCUUCAAGAAUCUCAAGCCUAUGAUUCUGCCCAACAAUGCUCGUGCCCUGCUGCGUAUAGUGCUGCGUACUUCAAAAAAUAAGUACAGUGCCGAGGAGGCCAAGGUCUUUGAUGAUCUAGAGACUCAUAUCAAUGAGAUUCAGGAGAGCCAGGGUCAGCUUGAUAAAAUCACUUUGACUGCAAGGGCUGUGAAGAACUACUCCGGGACAGAUGUGGAUGAAGCAACUGUUUCUACCUAUGCUGCCAAGCUGGAUCUCAAUUCUUUUAACCUCACCACUUCCAUGUACGACCGCAUCGGUCUAUACCUACAUCCAUAUGCUGGCUUGAUCAACCACAGCUGUGAUUACAACGCCACAGUCGGAUUUGAUGGCGAAGAACUCUACGUCAAAGCCAUGCGUCCCAUCGAGAAAGAUGAGCAAAUCUUCAUUUCUUACAUUGACACCACAACACCAUACAACAUCCGCCGCAACGAAUUAAAAGAGCGAUAUUUCUUCGACUGCCAAUGUACUAAAUGUGCCAAGGGCACAGAUACAAUCGAAGACAGAUUCAUCUCUACACCGGAAGACAUGAGCCCCCUAGAGAAUGCCGAACGAGAAGCCCUCCAACUCUUGCAAACAGCCACUGCAUCUAGUACAGAAGCCUCGGUCACAAUUGAGCAACUAGAGGCUGCCAUGCACACUCUUCACAAAACCGAAAACUGGCCUCUCACCCGCCAGCCCUACGCAUCUCUCCGUGACAAACUCAUCAUCUCUCUACUUUCCGAAGGAAACUUUACCCGCGCUUUCAUCCACUCUGCCAUUCGAUACACAAAGAUCGACCCCAUCGUCUAUGACAAGGCACAUCCAAUCAGACACAUUCACGCAUGGAGUCUGGUCAGACUCAUUGUCUUCCUCUCUCAGGAAGGAUUCCCCCCUAAUCCUAAAGAUCCAGUCCAGGUGAAGGAUUUCCGAUUGAACUUGCACUUCUUGAUUUGGUACAUCCUUGCCGAGCUUACGAGCACUCAGCUGGAGAGUUGUACAGUGCCUAGCUUCCGGAAGCUGGUGAGCACUCAAUUUGCGCAGGUUCACAAUGAGUUCAAGGCCAAUGGUAUUGAUCCUACGAAGUCUCGGGCUGCUCUCAGUGCUGAGAUGAAUAAGUUGGAGCAAAUGGUCACUCAGGCCUUGGCAAAGGAGUAG